AUGGAUGGUCACCGCCCUUUACCAGAAGAUCUAGUAGUUGAUAUUCUAUUGAGAUUGUCAGUGGAAUCACUCUUGCGUUACAAAUGUGUGUGCAAGCACUGGUAUGCUCUCAUCAAAAGUCCAAGUUUCAUAGAAAAACAUUUUCAUCACAAGAACAAUUGUGCCCGUCUCCUUGUUUGCAACUUGAAAGUAGCACGUGAAGUACACCCCAUCGUAAAGUCUGUUGUAUUCUCCUUGCUCCCUGAAGAAAUUGUUCCAGGUGUGACCCCUGAACAAAAAACUCUCCUUCAGCUUCAGAGGAUCACUGAUUUCACGUGUGUUGCUGGUCCAAAUCCUGCCACCAGAGAGUUCAGGUCUCUGCCUCCUGCGCCUUUUGAGAUUGAGGCCUUUUUCUCGCACCAUGAUCAUCAGUUGGGAUUGGGAUUUGACCUGUUGACUCUAGAUUAUAAGGUCGUAUGGAUUCGAGUGUUCUGGGAUGAACUGGGACAAGGUGCUAAUAAUCGUGUCUAUGCCUGUGUCUAUUCCUCAUGCAACAAUUCAUGGAAACACCUUACUCCUGAAUUCCCUUCCAGUUCUACCUUAUCUGCACCCCUUGACGCCACUUAUCUCAACGGUGUUUAUUAUUGGCUUUGUACGGGCCUUGAUGAGAUCUACACGAUUCGCACUUUUGACAUGGACAGCGAGCAGUUUGGGGAGACGCAAGUCCCAGCUAUUCCAAGUGAACAUUGGGGGACGCUUACACUGCGUGGCAACUCACUUGCUUUAUUAACCGGUGACCCAGGCAAACCUAUGACAUCCAUAUAUGAUGUGUGGGUAUUGAAACAAGAGGGAAUUUGGUCCAAAGUUCUAACUGUACAACCUCAUAUAGAUGCUCAUUGGCCUCGCAACAUCUGGGAUAACGAUAAGAUGGUUUUCGAGAUCACAGAAACUUCACAGCUGGUGCUAUAUGACCCUAAAACAAGACAAGUUACAGAUCUUGGAUUUCAGCUGGACCUUAACAUGGCUGGCUGUUGGGUUUUCAAUUACAAGGAGAGCCUAGCUCCAAUAAAGAGAGGAAACGAGACUCAGGGUGAGGAUAAUGCAGUCGAGCAAAUUGAACACUUCUUCUAUACCAUACCAAUGGAUGAGGAUCUUAAAGAUUUGUAA